AUGGGCGUCGUGGAGUGGACGCGGGGACCGACGAUCGGCAGGGGUUCCUCGGCCAGUGUGUCGCUCGCCGUCGAUCGCCGAACGGGCGAACUGCUGGCGGUGAAGUCCGUGGGCGCCGACCGGGCGGCCGAGCUGAAGAGGGAGCAGAGCAUCCUGUCCGGCCUGAGCUCCCCCUACGUCGUGCGCUGCCUUGGCUCGGAAGUAUCCCCGUCGGCUGACGGGAGCGGGAGAGGCUUCGACAUGCUGAUGGAGUACGCGCCCGGCGGGUCGCUGGCCGACGAGAUCAGGCGGCGCGGCGGGCGGUUCGAGGAGGAGGCCCUGAUCCGGUGGCGCACGCGCGACAUCCUGCGCGGCCUCGCGCACGCGCACGCCGCCGGGGUCGCGCACUGCGACGUCAAGGCCCGGAACGUGCUCAUCGGGGCCGACGGCCGCGCCAUGAUCGCAGACUUCGGGUGCGCCCGGCGGGUCGCCAGCGGCGGCAUGGCGGGUGAGCACCGUGUGAUGGGCACGCCGGCGUUCAUGGCGCCGGAGGCCGCGCGGGGCGAGGCGCAGGGCCUGGCCGCGGAUGUGUGGGCGCUCGGCUGCACGGUCAUCGAGAUGGCCACCGGCGCCGCGCCGUGGCAGCGGUUCGGCAGCCCCGUGGCGAUGCUCCACCACGUCGCGUUCUCGGGCGAGGCGCCGGAGGUACCGCGGUGGCUGUCGGAGGAAAGCAAGGACUUCCUGGGCCGGUGCCUGCGGGUGAAGGCCGGGGAGCGGUGGACGGCGGAGCAGCUGCUCGGGCACAAGUUCGUGGCAUUUGCCGCCGCCUCGUCGUCCAGUUCCGUGGUGCCGGGGAUCGCCGAGAAGGAGCUGUUCGUGUCCCCGAAGAGCGUCCUGGACCAGGCAUUGUGGGAGGAGAACGACGACGACACGACGGCGGACACCCCUACCGCCUGCCCCAUCGACAGAGUCCGCGGCCUGGCCGCCGGCGCGCCGGACUGGACCUGGGACGCGAGCUGGAUCGCGGUCCAUUCCACCGGCCCCAGCAGCGACGACGACAACGAUGCGCCGGCAAUGUCAGCCGAGCCGGACAUGGACACAGAUACGGACAGCGAUUCCUCCGUCGGCGGCAGCAGCUCCGCUGGGCGUGUGUCCUCGAACAGCCAGGCCUCACAUGCGGACGGCGAUGGUAACGAUGGCACGGGCAGCUGUAAUGGGGAGCGCCGUGAUGAUUGUAAUCACGCGAUUAGCAGCGAUUGUACAGCCAUUCUUCCAAUCACAAGCAAUGGAUUCUUUUCGGAUACUAUGUUAUUGUUCGUCCCAGCUGGCUCUGCCAUUUUACUACAGUACGUACGUUUCCCCUGCUGUUAUUCUUCCCGUCACAUUUGCUUCUCCCCUCCGAUAGGAUCCCACUAUUAG